CCUAUUACCACCUGCCGAGGGAAUGCGAUGCACAUUCCCUUUGCUCGAGGUCGAAUACUCGGAAUCCACGACACGAGACGAGACGAAAGCUUUUGCCGCAAUGGCGUCUAAACCAAGCAGCCGAGCGGAAAGCAACCAGGCGGCGGCGGCGGUGCCGUCGCUGUACGGGCGCGCCCUGCCGUCGCCGCCGGCGGUGGAGUUCGCGUCGGCGGAGGGGCGGCGGCUGUUCGCGGAGGCGCUCCAGGGGGGCACCAUGCAGGGGUUCUUCAGCCUCGUCUCCGUCUUCCAGACGCAGUCGGAGCCGGCCUUCUGCGGCCUCGCCACGCUCGCCGUCGUCCUCAACGCGCUCCGCAUCGACCCGGGGCGGCGGUGGAAGGGCCCCUGGCGGUGGUUCGACGAGUCCAUGCUCGACUGCUGCGAGCACCUCGACACGGUCAGGGCGGAGGGGAUCACCUUCGGCAAGGUCGCCUGCCUCGCCCACUGCUCCGGCGCCGACGUCCGCACCUUCCGCGCCGCCCAGGCCACGCUCGCCGACCUCCGCCGCCACCUCCUGCGCUGCGCCUCCUCCCAGGAUUGCCAUCUCGUCGCCUCCUACCACCGGAAGCUUCUCGGCCAGACUGGAACAGGGCAUUUCUCGCCGAUUGGCGGCUACCAUGCUGGGCAGGACAUGGCGCUGAUCCUGGAUGUCGCUCGCUUCAAAUACCCUCCUCAUUGGAUUCCGCUGCCGCUUCUUUGGGAAGCCAUGAACACGAUUGAUGAAGCAACUGGGCUUCUCAGGGGUGGUAAAUUAACAUGCCAAUGCUUGGUGAAUCAAAUAUUGAAUCAUCUUCCUCCCAAUGCUGGAAAUUUUAUCAAAUGGGUCAUUGAAGUUAGGAGACAAGAGGAAGGAGGAUCCAGCCCAAGUAAAGAGGCUAACGAAAUGCCUUUCCUGAAGGAAAAGGUCCUACAGCAAAUCCGUGAUACUAAGCUUUUUCAGCUGGUCCACAAACUGCAAUGUUCUAAGCAGCCCUGUUGUAGUUGCUCGUCUUUAACGGACGAAGAUUCCAUUUCCCAGAUUGCAGCCAGUGUGUGCUGUGAAGCAACCGCAUUGCUAAGUGGGAAUCUGUCAUCAAGAGAUGGAUUAUUUUUCAGUGAAACUUGUUCCGGAUGUACACAAGUGAAUGAUGAGGGGCUUAAAAAUGUCAUUACAGGCAAAGUGGUAUCUGAAGGCAAUGGACAUGUUGAUAAGCUUUCACCGAUAUCCUCGACUGAAACAUGCUUCUGCAAUUCAACUCUGAGCAAUGAAACUGUCAAUUAUCCAUCAAACACAGACAUUCUAACUGUUCUAUUACUGUCGUUACAUCCUAGCACAUGGUUGUGCAUUGAAGAUGAGAAGUUGAAAGCUGAAUUUCAGAGCCUUGUUUCUACGGACGAUCUUCCUGAUCCUCUUAAACUGGAGGUGUGCUGUCUCACUCCUAGAACCUUGCAUUGAUUGUUUACCUUUGCUCUCUACCAAAGUACCAAUAUGUUUUUUCCACGGAAAACAAAUUAAGUUGCUAGCUUAUUAAAUCAAUUAAUAAGCACUUAUUUAGUCUUAAUUAAUUUUUGUGUGGUACUGUGAUUUUUCUUAUUAAACAAGUAGGUGAUUUUCAAAUUUGGGAUGAGCAAAUAGUGAAAUGGAGGAUGACUUGUUGAAAGGUGGUGUAAUAGUAUAGACUGUGAGGCUCAGAUAUUAGUGGUAGGGGUGAUGCGGGAAUGGACACCACCACUACUAACAUUUGAAGUAGUAUAGAUAAACAAGGGUCUCUAGUAAUCAUAUAACGCUUUUCUACAUAGUCAUCUUCUAAAUCAAUGUUUACACAUAAACCCAACAUCCCGCAUAGUGACCCAAUAUUUUAUUUCACAGCUCUGAGUUUUACUUUCACAUAAAAGAACCGUAAGAUCCAUUACUUCAGUUAAUUCAAGGAAACACCUAUCUACAUAUCUUUUUCCCGUUCUAUCAAGCUUUCAUUCUUAGUAGGGGGCUUCCAAGCAUAUCUCAUGAUUAAAAAAAAACACUACCUUCUAUUCUAAGUAGAGCUA